GGAACAUGCCAAGGCUGCGCAUGUCAAGGCUGAGUGAACACUCCAGGAUUAGGAGAGCUCAGAGCUGGGCACCUCCUCAGACUACCUGUCACAAGGGGUCAUCUAGCACCAUCAGGGAGUGAAGACCGAGGGCGGCUUGAAUACUUUCCUCUCUCCCGGCCCCGCCCACCUGUCCUCCCUUCUCGCAGAUCCCUAGCAGAGCCCUGAGCUUCCUCCUCUAGCCCUAGCCUCUCAGAACCUCCUGGGAAUUAAAGAACCAGACGGAUAGACAGAAGAGAAAUUUCCAGCUCCGACGAGCAGUCCUGGUGUCUUCGAGGGCCAGUCGCUUCAAAGCUCUCCAGCGAGAACCUUUGGGAAAGGCCGAUUAAACUGGAGCCCCCGGGGUGCCGACGAACCCAGUUAGAGCGGAAAGCUGUAUCGUGGCGAGGUGUCAUCGGAAAGCAUGGAGCAUUCCCGCCUAUGUGCUGAGCUCCGAGGCUAAACCGAGAGAGAAAAGAAGAUAACGGAAGGGAACCGAGAUUGGAGUUCAGGAGGAGGUGAGGAGGGUACUGUCCGCGGUUCUGAACUAGGUCUUAUUAGCCGGACAUAGAGAACAUUUCCGAUUUGCUGAACCACUCCUUGGAAGUAAGGACCAAUCCCCGAAGGGGCGGGAGGAUUUGGGGGUGAGGAGGGAGGCAAAGAGGUUGUUGCCUUUGAAAAACGCCAGAAGCUGCACCAACGUGUUGAAACCUACCUGCAAAAAGUGUUCCCAGCAAUCCGACUGUCUGAGCUUUUCUCCUAAGGGAGUUCAUCUUUGGAGGUUUCCUCGAAAGAAGGGGUACAGUCCUUGUUGGAGAGAAACGCUUGAUCAGGCCAGAGUCUGAGAAAGAUGCCUGCUCUCAGUAGCUUGUUUUCUCUGGCUUCCCUCGUGCUCAUCUGCUGGGUUCAUGUUUGUUUUCCAGUCUGCGUGGAAGUCCCUUCCGAGACAGAAGCAGUCCAGGGCAAACAGAUGAAACUCCGGUGUAUCUCCUGCAUGAAGAGAGAAGAAGUGACAGCCAGUACAGUGGUGGAAUGGUUUUACCGGCCAGAGGGCGGUAAAGAUUUCCUUAUCUAUGAGUUCCGAAAUGGUCACCAGGAAGUGGAGAGCCCCUUCCAAGGCCGUCUACAGUGGAAUGGGAGCAAAGACCUGCAGGAUGUCUCCCUCACUGUGCUCAAUGUCACACUGAAUGACUCUGGUAUCUACACCUGCAAUGUCUCCCGGGAGUUUGAAUUUGACUCACAUCGUCCCUUUGUGAAGACCACAAGGCUCAUCCCCCUCAAAGUCACUGAGGAAGCUGGAGAGGACUUCACCUCGGUGGUCUCAGAAAUCAUGAUGUACAUCCUCCUGGUCUUCCUCACUUUGUGGCUACUCAUCGAGAUGAUUUAUUGUUACAGGAAGGUUUCCAAGGCUGAAGAGGCAGCUCAAGAAAAUGCGUCUGACUACCUCGCCAUUCCAUCAGAGAACAAGGAGAAUUCGGCAGUGCCAGUGGAGGAAUAGGAGAAAUGGGGUGGUCUGAUGUCUGACGGGCCCAGAUUCUUCAGUAUGGAUCAUCAUCAACAACUUCAGGACGGGACCCAGGGACUAUCACUGUUUUCAUCUAUUCAUCAACCAUCAGGCUUUGCUCUAUGGCUCCACUCUAAGCUCUACACACUGAAGGAUACCUACUUUGAUGGCUAAGUCAAGGGCCCACCAUCUCACUCUGGGCUCUGUCUUUCCCCAGCCUAAUCUCAUAGCACUUAAUAGUAGAUAUGACUCCCUUUGCUCCGCAUGGCUUUGUAUAAUGCUGGUAGCAACUCCUCUUCCUCUACUCCUUCAUUACUGUUUACCUGGGUCUGGCCUCCAUUCACUGCUGGACAAGAAGGAACAUUGUCUGCUCUUCUGCUUUCCCCUCACUUCCCCACUCACAACCACACAAAUUAGGUCUGGUCCCUUUCUACCACGGGAUGAGAAAGGGCAUUAUGUGGUUGGCUCUGAUGUCUUAGCAGAAGUAGGGUGUUUCUCCUGACCCAGGAGUUAUCCAAACAAGCCCAGACUGAAGAGCAGCAUGUACUUAGAUUCCUCAGAGAGGCAUUUCUGAAUCUCCUGGGCCAUUAGGUUUGGGGUCAGAACAGAGUAGCUUUUCUGGACCACAGAGGUCUGAAAGAAAGCACAGUGUAUAUUAGAAUAUCUUCUGGAACCUCGAGUCCUAGGGCUGGAUCUCAUCUUAUUACUUGGCUCUAGGUUUUGCCCAGUCAUUUCCUAAGUAGUAAUUAGGACUACUUAAUAAGGGUUCCUCUUGGCAAUAUUAUCCUUGAUAUGUCACUUACCCUAUCUUUGGUCUUCCUAAUAAAAGUCUAGGGGACUGGUAAGAGGGCUGGCAGCAGAGACUAGCAGCAAUCUUAGUAGCUUUUUAAAGUCAGGUACCUCAUUCCCUGACCAUGUUGGGAAAAUAUGCCCAUUUCUCAACUUCCCCUAGUUUUUUCCCAUAAUGGGAUUCGGAGCAAUCAGUCCUUCUCUUGAUAUUGAGAAACAGUAGGGAAUGGUUUUUUUUUUCCCAGAGUAUUGUGAUUGACGACCUUUUGCCCCCACCUUUGAGCACUUUUGUGGGUCAGUGUUGUUUUCCACAGGAUAGGGAUGUUCAAAGAGUAGCAAAAACUUGCAUGGGAUCACAGAGCAUGUUGAGGUAGCAAUAGAAUGAGCUUUGGUGAGCUGACUAGUGAUUCCUUGGAAUCUUUGCACUUGUGUGAAGACUACAGAUCUAAGCUUUGUGAUGGUCACACCCCCAUCACAUUUGGAGGAUGUGCAGGAGUCACUGACCACUCCUGAAGAACUCCAGUUAUAAUUAGUGUCAAUUCUUCAAUAAACACAGAAUGGAUGAAAAUGAGCCCCAAAUACAGGGGGAAAUGGGUUGGCUUAGUUUAUACUGGAAUAAGGACCUCCCAUAUUAAAUUUUUAUGGGACUAAAACAAGUCUCAGGGGCUCAAUCACUGCUUCCCUAAAGAUCUUCAAAGUGGAAGAAAUGGCCUAAGAUCAUAGGCUCAUAGGAUUUAGAGCUAGAAGGUCAGUCACCCUCAUUUCACAGAUGAGGAGACUAGGAGGCCCAGAAUGGUUCAGUGAUUCUGGUAGUACAUGGUAGUUAAUCCCAGUCAGUGGGGUGAAAGUAGAUGAACAGAAUAGCUGAUCCCGUCUAGUAAUCCGUGAGGCUCUCUCAUCAAUAAAAGUAGGCUCUAGCUUUCUAGUUUUUCUACUCCCAGGUAGAAUAAAACAGUCCAGAUAGGAAAAGGUUGGCCAAAACAAAACAAAACAAAGACAAACAAACAACAACAAACAAAGACAAAUAAAACACCUCAAACGUAAAGUGUCCUGUCUGGUCCUAAAGUGAUACUCAUCCCCACCUAGUGGCCAGACAGGGGAUCCUGAGGCGUUAUCAGCUGGGGAAAGGCUGCUAAUGGCUUUUUCCCUUAGGGGGUCUUCUUUGGGUUUGUGUGGAGGACAACACUCUUGGUACGGGACCCAGAUUGACUAUCCCCCUUUGUUAUUACUUUGGAAGUUACUUUUCUAAGGUAUUACUCCUUGCAACACUCAGGAAUCAGAUUUUCAUGAUAUUUCCUCUCACUGAGCUCAACCUUCUUCAUAUACGUGAUCUUUCACAAGGCCCCUCUCGGACCUUCAGGUGAGAGGAGAGGAUUUUUUCCUUCAUUUCAUGGAUGGGGAAAUGGACCCAGAGGAGUGCAAUGUGUUCUGUGAAUUGCUCACAGUGAGUCAGUAGCAGACCCUCCAGUGGUCUAUUUACCUCCAGUCCAGGGAUCUAUCUAAUAAAUCACGCUUCCCCAUUUGAUAUCAGUAGUAAGUAGUGGAGUGUGGAAACUCUAGGGCAGUGAAACUUGAAUUCAGUUUCUGACAAAACAAAAGAACUGUGAGUGAACAUAAUAGUCAGUAUUUAUGUAGUGCUUUAAGGUCUGCAAAACACCUGUUAUAAAGAUUAUCUUAUUCUCACAACAAUUCUGGGAGAUA